CCACAACCCGGCCCACCACUACGACAACGACUACCACCACAACCCGGCCCACCACCACAACCCGGCCCACCACUACGACAAUGACCACCACUACAACCAGAGCUACCACCACAACUAGAAGAACCACCACCACCACAAAAAGACCAACCAGAGCCCACACUACAGCCCUGUGGCUCCCGGCCCCCAGAACCACUGCUGAUCCCUACUUCGACAACCAAGGAGAGGGGGAGAGGUACCCGGCUAGAACCACCCCUGCUGGAGACAACCACACUGACAAGGUCAGCAGAGAUCCACACCGCCGCAAGUUGGUGCCUGGCAUGCAUAAACCCUCCAAGAUCAAACCCACCAAGAAGAAGACUGGAGGACAGAAGGCUUUGAUGAACGAGUACGAGGACAAGUAUGAGCUCGGCCAGCCAACAGUGAGCAAUCCUGAGGAGACGGAAACCUUCACCGACAUCAGUCGUACAAAGAAGGUCAAGGGAAAGCAUGACAAGAAGAAGAAGAAUGACAAGGCAGUCAAAAAGGCAGAGAGGAGAGGAGGUAAGGCAGGGAAGGAGGGGAAGAUCGGGGGAAAGAAAAAUGGCAAGAAGCCAGUGACAUACCCUGAGAAAGAGGACCACCCGAAGCCCUCAAAGAAACCAGCGCUCCCUCCCGGGGGAUCUAUGGCCUCCUUCCUGGACUACUUUGAGAACAGGAGGCGAUUGCUGCUGAUUACCGCCCCCAGUGAGGAGAACAGUAUGUAUGUUCAGCAGCGGGACGAGUACCUGGAGGCAGUGUGUGAAAUGGCCAUCAGGAAAGUCUCCAUCAUCAGCAUCUUUGGCUCCUUGACCAACUCCACCAUGAAAAUUGACCACUACCAGCUGGAGAAUGACAAGCCUAUGAAGGGUCUUCGUCAGGAGGACCUGGUGAACCAGGAUCUGAUCACGGAGCUGAGGAAAGAGUUUGGCAUGACACACGAUGACUUCUACAUGGUCCUCGCCGACACCGAUAUGCGAAUCAAGCAAUCCUAUGAGGUUCCCAUCGCCAUGAAGGCUGUGUUUGACUACAUUGACACCUUUUCCUCCCGCAUCCGAGAGAUGGAACAGCAGAAGAGAGAUGGGGUCACCUGUAAGAAAGAGGACAAACCCAGGUCACUGGAGAACUUCCUCUCCAGGUUCCGCUGGAGACGUCGCCUGUUCAUCAUCUCCGCCCCCAGUGAUGAAGAGUGGGCCUAUCAGCAGCAGCUCUACGCCCUGACCAGCCAGGCCUGCAACCUGGGUCUGAGGCACAUCGCCAUCCUCAAGUUGGUGGGGGCAGAUCUGCUGGAUAUGGGCGGAGUCUUGGAACUCUAUCCUAUCAAUGGGAGUUCUAGUGUGGAGCGCGAGGGGCUGUCAGCAACCCUGGUGAAGGACAUGAGGAACUACUUCCAGAUCAGCCCAGAGUACUUCUCCAUGCUGCUGGUAGGGAAGGACGGCAAUGUUAAAUCCUGGUACCCCUCACCAAUGUGGUCCAUGGCCAUCAUCUAUGACCUGGUAGACUCUAUGCAGCUGCGCAGACAGGAGAUGGCCAUCCAGCAGUCACUGGGCAUGCGCUGCCCUGAGUGGGACGAGUAUGGCGGCUAUGGCUACCACCAACAUGGAUACGAACGCGGUUAUGAGGACGGCUAUCACCAGGGUUACGGUUACUAACCCAACAAGGCUACACAGCCGGAGCUUAGCGCUGUCGGCCCUCAUCUUUUGAACCACAGCCUUUUUUAAUCUUUCCUACCAGCUGGACAGUUUUUUAUUUUUAUUUUUUUCCCCCAGAUGGAGUGAGGACCUUGAAUGUUUUAUAGCACUUAGUGGAAGCCUCCAAACUUGUGCUUUCAGUUUUUGAUAUCCAGUAUAUACAGUAGCAUAGUAUGCUGCAAGUCAUGGUAGUUUGUAGAGAUGCACCGAUACUGAUACCACUAUCAAUUUUGAUACCACCCUCUGUCACUUGUACGUGUAACGAUACUAUGCAGCGAUGCCAAUUAACAGCGGCGGUAUGUUAACAGCAUGCUAACUGAGCAGGUCAUUUCAACAGUUUGGGGAUAUUUUAGGAUAAGUUACAAUAACAAAAGUAAAGCCGACUGCCAGAUCUGCUUCUCUGCUCUGUCUCUCUGGGAGGGAGGGGGUGCUCAUAGACACAGCAGAGAGGACAUGAGGUCGUAUUUUACUGCGACGACAAAUAUGUCAAAAAAAGAGCAUAUUGGAGAGUAAUUAAUCAAACACCUGUUGAAGAAACAGAACAACAAACUUGUAGAAAUGCAAUGUCUUCACUCUCCCCGGGGUCAAAAUGCCAGGUCCUGUUCAUCCCGCUAAAACCACCACAGUGCUCGUUAUGCUGAUUGUUGUGAAUGGGAAGAAAAACGCUAAUUUUAUCUAGUUAACAGAUGAAUAAAGAGGUAGGUGUAGGAAAAUGAGCUGAAUUCUUCUGGACUUGGAUGCUGAGACCAGCAGCUCUACAGCAGAGCAGGACUCUAUUAAACUAUGUUGUGUAACAGGCGGUUACACAGGGGGCAGUGCUGUGUUAUCACAUAGUUAAUCUGCACAGCCUCCUCAUAUUUGGCGACCCCUACUGCCAGGAUGUGACACAUAUUAUUCAGUCACAAUCAGAAAGCUACAGAAGCCCUGAAUGGCAAGUGGAAAAAAAAUUCUUGUGAUCCAUUUUUUUUUUUUUAAUAAAUGAAGGCUUUUAGUCCAGACCCAGUCCAGCCAGACCCUUCUUUCUAUUUAAAACAUAGUGUAGUGAUGCACCCUUGUGGCUGAAAGGAGUAUGUUACACAACCAAAUUAAAAAAAAAUUUUUUCACCUGUUUCACAAAUGAAAAAAUCCCUAGUCACUUGCAAGGGCC